AAGAGUCGAGCCAUCUCAGCAUGCCAGGGAGUUGAAGAAGAUGUUUUUUUCUGGUCUGCCUGUAGUGCUGUGUCGUCCUCCUGUCCUGAUCCUCUCUCUCUCUCUCUCUCUCUCUCUCUCUCUCUCUCUGGGGGCUUUCACACGACUCCCGUAGUCUAUUGUCUAUAAAUCAGCAUUAUACGGGACCAGUGCAGUAUGCAUCUUUGCUACAUUUUCAAAUCUGUCUGAAAAGCAGGGAGCAUGAUGUGAACUGGUUGCAUGCUUGACUUGUUGCAUGAAUCAUUGAUUCAAGCGCCAAGCUGCAAACCAGUUCAUGAAAAGUCCUGUCAGUGUCAGUUUCCCAGCAAGCUUUCCGAAUAUUGCGAAUGUUGUCUUCAUGAUCAAGAAGUUUUGUGCUCUCCAAAUAUUUGAUGCAUCCGUCAGUGGAUCGACUUGCCGACUGUCAUUGACGUGUUCUUUGCUUCCGCUUGAGAAAGAAGGAGGGAGCCUAAAAAGAGCUUUUACCGUAGCUUUCCGAGCGAAUGUGUAAGCGUUCACUUGUCAGAAGGCUUCACCACGCUUCAUGACACUGGCCUUGGGUUGACAUCGACCACUCAGUCACUCUUCCUGUCAAUCGCAUUCCUCGUUGACGUGCCUCAACCUUAUGGAUUUGUCGAGAUUGUGAGACGUCUGUUUUACCUGUGAAGUCUCUUGUAGUAGUAACCGGAAGGCCCGGGAUAAUUACAGAUUCGGACGUUCUCAAAAUUUUGCGAAAUGCGCCAUUAGCAUGUCCUCCUCACAACCACAAUGACGGACGAAAGCACGAAGCCCGAUGUCUCCAGCCAAGAUGACGAUCUUGCCUUGUUGCCAAACUUGGACGAGAAAAUCCUGCUGGAGAAGCUGCAGAAGAGAUAUGGCGAGGAUGUCAUUUACACAUACGUGGGUGACAUUCUUAUCGCUGUCAACCCGUUCAAAUCUAUGACGAUUUAUGGUAACGAGGUUUGUGAGAAGUAUCAGAAUGUCAAACAGCGCUCCAAGCUUCCCCCGCAUGUGUACGCCAUUGGCGACCACAUGUAUCGGUCAAUGCGCACAUCUCUUGUUGAUCAGGUAUGCGUCAUCAGUGGUGAGAGUGGUGCUGGCAAGACCGAGACUGCCAAGUUGCUUGUCCGCCAAGUCCUGCACGUCAGCCGCUCUGUACAUCCUGAUCUACAAGCACAGAUUUUAAAGGUUAAUCCACUUUUGGAGGCACUUGGAAAUGCCCGUACCAUCAUGAACAAUAACAGCAGUCGCUUUGGCAAGUUUCUGAAGUUGCACUUCAAUGCGAAUGCUGUUGUGACUGGUGCCAGCAUCGCUCACUACCUUCUGGAGAAGUCACGUGUGGUGACGCAGAACGAAGGAGAGCGCAACUUCCACAUCUUCUACUUGAUGUUCGCUGGUCUGACAAGUGAGGAGAAGGAGAAGUAUGAACUACACGAGGCAAGCGAUUACAAGUAUCUUUUCAAUGCCAACUCUGGCAACUCCAAAAUCGCAAAUCGUGAGCUCGCUCAGAUGAAAGUUUUCUUCAAGGAAGUAACGGAUGCUAUGAAAGUCGUCGGCUUUGAUGAUGAAGACUACACAAAUAUCUUCAAUCUCUUAGCAGCCAUUUUGCAUCUUGGACAGUUGAACUUUACUGGCUCUCGCGGUGGUCAAGCUGAGUUUACAAACAAGGAUGUACUGUUACUUGUGGCACAAUUGCUGUGUUUAGAGCCAGCUGAGCUGGCGAAGGCACUGACUAUCCAAGUCACCGUAACACGUGGUGAGACAAUCCGGAAGCCGAACACGAUUGAGCAGGCUUCGGAAUUCCGUAACUCAUUCGCCAAGUUUCUUUAUGGCCAUCUCUUCUCUUGGGUGGUGAAGUCUCUCAAUCUCAUGUUGUCACCAUCAGCACUAUCUCAAGCUGCCCAGCUAUUGCAUGAAUCCGACACUUUCCGAGGAACGGACAUCUGUAUACUGGAUAUCUUUGGAUUUGAGAACUUCAAAGUGAAUUCCUUUGAGCAGUUCUGCAUCAAUGUUGCCAAUGAGCAACUUCAGUACUAUUUCAACCAGCACAUUUUCCGCUGGGAACAGGAGGAGUACGCAAAAGAAGGCAUUUCACCUCCAGGUACCUUUGUGUUCGCUGACAACAAACCCAUCAUCGAGCUAUUCUUUGCCAAGCCGCUUGGUAUGUUCAACCUUCUGGAUGAUGAGACCAAGUUUCCUCGUGCCAGUGCCAAGACCUUGGUGGAAAAGUUCAAUGAGCACUGUGACAAGAACACACACUAUGUCAAGUCCAGGCAGUCCAGAGACCCAGCGUUUGGUGUCAAGCACUAUGCAGGACUGGUGACGUACAACUGUGAAUCAUUCUUGAUCAAGAACCGUGAUGCACUGAGUGUUGGCUUACUGGAAUGCAUCAAGACGAGUAAGAACGAUCUCAUCCAGGCCAUUGUCACGGAAACGGAUGCUGAAGGGGAGAAGACGAACCCGCAGAUCUUGCUUGACUGCCAGUCAGCCACACAGGCUAUGAGGAAUAGUCGCAUCGUGUCCAAAAUGCUUCGGAGUACGCGCUCUCGAUAUGGCAAGCCAAGCGUACGGAAGAAUAGCCCGCCUGGCAGUCGGCGCUCUAGUACCACCCCUGGGUUUAUUGUUGCAUCACCACCUGUCAGUGUGGGAAAGCCUGCACUCAGUCGCAAGAGCAGUCUUUCAAGAACUUCCUCCACUAACUUGAUGGAACAACAGAAGCCGAUGUCAUUGACGGUGCCUGAGGAGGAUGGUAGAAGUAAUGUCAAGCUUGAACGCACCCGCUCCAAACGCAAACUGAGGCUGUCAAUGCGCACACUGCGUCGUCGUGAGACUGUCAUAAACACAUUGAAGAGCAAUGUGAGAGUGGCUGAAAACAGUCUGGACGGUGCAGAAGAUGAUGACCAGGAUGAAGGCAAAACACCUACAACAUCUGAACGCAGCACUGGAAUUGCUUGGGCGACGGAUGACGAGGAACAAGAAUGUGCAGCCGGUUCAUCACCGUGUACCACUGACGCAGCAGUAAGCAAUGACAGUGGAUCAAAUCCUCUACUGCACACCACUGGCACUACCACUGCCAAUCCAGUGACCAGCGACCACGCUAGUGCUCACAAGAGCAUCGCCAGCCCUAGAAGUCAGCUGCGAAGACAUCACAAAGCAUUGCUGCGCUCACGGACAAUGCCCCACCUCAAACCCACGCCGUUGUCAUCUUCUGAAAUGCACAUGCCAUCAUCGUCCUCUGCAACACUUAAACGACUUAAUCAUCGCCGGCCGUCUCUGCCCACUAUCAGCACUGUCCAGUAUCAGCAGCGCCAUCGUCGCCGUAGUGUGAAGAGAAAACAACACUAUGGACUGGAUCUAACUGUCUACAUGGACGAUGAUGGGCGUGCUGCCAUCAAGGCGUCUAUGAGGAAAAGGCCUGCAAAAGUCACAAGGAAAGGAACUCCUACAAUCGGUUUCUACUUCAAGUGCUCUCUGGCGAGCUUGAUGGAGAAAAUGCUGAUUUCGGUACCACACUUUGUACGGUGUAUCAAACCAAACAGUCUUCUCGUGCCGGAUUCGUUUGAUGACAAGCUGGUUGUCCAGCAGUUACGCUACACUGGAGUCCUUGAGACGACGAGAAUACGACAGCUUGGCUACCCAACCAGACUUGACUUUGGUACUUUUCUGGAGAGGUAUAGCUGCCUUCAGCCUUUCUCUCAGUACAAGGCAUCUCGGCAUAGCUGCCCCGAGGACAACCAGCGCUGCUGUGUACUUCUGGACAGCCUUGGUAUCAAGGACUACGCGAUCGGGGAGACAAAGGUGUUUCUACGUUAUCAUCACAACGAGACGUUGUUCAACCUUCUGGAGCGCCGGGAACAAAGUGCAACAGUCUUGCAGAAAGUUGUGCGUGGAUUCCUGGCACGCUGCUACUUCCAGCAAGCUUUGGUGGACAUGUUCUGUCAAGAGGUGAAAGAAACGUCUGCGGACUUAUCUGCCAAGCUGUCAAUGUUAAUGAGAAUUGAUGAGGACCGCCAUCAGCGCCGCUUGGAAGAGGAACGGCUUGAGCGUGAGCGUCAAGAGCAGAUUCGGCUGCAGAGGGAGAAAGAAGAGCAAGAGCGACUGCAGAGAGAAAAGGAAGAAGCAGAGAGAAUCGAGCGUGUGCGACGGGAGAAAGAAAAGUUCGUGCGGAUGGAACAAGAGCGAUUGCAACGCCAGAAAGAAGAGAAAGAGUUCCAAGAACAACUUCAACUGAAGCGUCAAAAGGACCAAGAGGAAAGAGCAAAGGCAGCAGCAUUGAAGAAGCAGCAACAGCAGCAACAGCAGCUGCUGCAGAAAGAGAAGGAAGCACAGCGCAUCGAAAAAGAAAGAUCUGAUCAGGAGAUCACUAAGGUAGAACAAUCAGAUAGAUCCAUGCCUGGCGCUGCUGCUGUAUAUCGUCGUCGCAGCAAAGUUAACCCAUUGGAAAGGGAUGGUGGUGAUAUGCCCAGAACUCAUCAGCAGCAGCUAGAUCAGAUGAGGGACUCUACAGGCCUACAUGACGAGGUUGAAAAAGUAAAGAAAGAGAUUGCAGUCGUCGAGUUUGAAACGGAAGAGACCUGUCUUGCUCACCAGAAUAUUCUUUCGCAAACUGAGGAUAUUCUGAAGGAGGCAAACACCAUCAGAAGAUCGCCUGUCUCUGGACGCUCAGCCACCACAAAGUCUCCAGCUGUGGUAUCGGCAUCGUCACCGUCAUCAAGAGUGAAAACGAAGCGGCCUUGGUGUGUGGUAACAGUCAUGGAGCGAGACAUUGUCUGCGGUACCUACUCACUGUAUCCCCGUUCCUUCACUAUCGAUGGUUCUGAGAACAUGUCUGCCAGUGUGAUUGGUAUCAAUGGCAAUCCGCCAGUUAGUGGCCAUGACUCUGUGAAUAAAGUUCGGCCGUUUGUUGGAAAGGGUGUGGAGAUUGAAAUCACCGCUGAUGGCUCAGUUCGCGCCAUCCGGCGCAGCAAGAACCCUGUCAUUCUCAAGGGCCGGAGUUCCACUCUUCUUCAUUGCCAUCCUAAUACUGAGCUUGAAGGAGAUGUCAUGCCCAGGAAUAUACCACAGGAGAUCUUCUCGGCAUCAACGUUCAAGCAGCAUGUCAAGGACGUGAUGGCUAAGACCAAGCUAGACUUGACAGUGCUGUUUUGUUUGUGUCGCGUUGGAAUAGGGUUUGUGCGUAACACAUCCAACCCACACUCAACUCCGUGCUGGGCUAUUGUGGACUUUGUCGUACCUCAUCUCAAAGUCAACGAGUAUUUACAACGCCGUGCUGUGAAAAGCAAGAGGUCUGCAUCACCUUGGAGCCAGGCAGACAUCUUUGAUCCCAGAAUGCUAUGUUUCACAGCACCAAUGCCUGUUAGUAGCCGCUCUAACUACACACUCCUGCAAAAGGAUUCUGAUGAGUCGGCGUUUACCACCACUUCUCCUACUGCUAAUGGUAGCAGCAGCGCCAGUGCGCAGGACAAAACUUGCGGCGCGGAUGCACUGUCUCCCCAGUACUCGAUUGUUAAUCGUGAUCACAGCACGCGUGCACACGCAUCAGAGUCUGAUGCAAUGUCACACACUGCUGCAAGCCGCACUCAAACCACUGGUGUUGCAAGUGGCAGGACCUUGUCCUCUGGUAGCUCAUUGCAUUCUACUACAUCAUUGGCACCAUCGUCUUCGGGACAGGUCCUUAGUAAUGCUGCUGCUACUGGUGUUGCUUCAAAUGACUCGUCUCCCUUUGCUGCCUCUCGUGCUCGAAUGUGGGCAAAGAGGAGCAAGGUGACGGGCUCCAAAGACAAGGCCUAAUGUGAGCAAAGUGUAUCAAGGUGGCGGGUUUGAAGGCAAUUUGUGGUGCCCACAGCUAUGUAAGUUAUCCUCCGCCCUACUACCUACAGCUAUGUUAUUUAUUCUCAAAAAUCCUGGACAUGUGUGACUAUUCUUCUCUCAUGAUGUUUUCAAAUAUAUGCAACUAGGUUCAUUCAAAAUUCAUACGUUCUUAUGUGUUUGUUAGCCGGGGCGUCUGCGUGUGCUGUGCACAUGCGUGGCCUUAAUUAGUCUCAAUUCACUUGUUAUUCCUCUUGAGUAGGACAUUACAAUAAUGGUCUUUGGUUCACACUUCAUGUCAAGGAGCCCCCGGUGUGGAACCAAUGGAAACGGAUAUACAUGUAUUUGAAUUCUUCUGUUAUUUUCAACCUUCCCACAGAUAUCUAGAUGAACAGAGAAAUGAUUUUUUUAACGCACCAUUAUUGUUGAGACCUCUUCCCUUGAUCCCUUUCCUAACACCUGCAUGCAAAACGACUGACCCUUCCUCCUAUUCUUUCUGUUCGUAUCCGAACGGAACACUGAAAUUGAAUCAGAUGUCACUUCAAUCCAUGCGCAAUGCAAUCUUUCUUACUACAUUGCUUUUUAGCCUGUUUUUAUCAGUAUGAAUUCUCAUUUCUACGGAAUGAUGCACCCAGUGCAACAACCUAGCCUUACGCCACUGCCGUACUGUGCAGUAUGAAUCUCUAUAGUGUGACAUUGUUUUGGUAUAUGUACAUGUAUUAAAUGAUGGCAAACACUCCUCUGCAGGGUGGUUUAGUUUUUAGGACAUGCUGGAAGAUUUCUAUCACUAUUGGUAACAUGCACUAUUUUCGCUACCGAUCUUGUUAAAUCUCACUCUUACCCUUAUGGGGAGGGCAUGCACUCUUCUCUUGUAUUUACACUGUACAUGAUUCUUUUCAACAGACCGUACUUCAAGUAUUUUCGACGAUCUACUCACUAACUCUUUCCAACUCAUA